GAGAGAGACAGAGGGAGACACAGAGAGAGACACAGAGAGAGACACAGAGAGAGACACAGAGAGACACAGAGGGAGACAGAGAGAGACAAAGAGAGAGAGAGAGACACACAGAGAGACACACAGACAGAGAGACACACAGAGACACAGAGAGAAACAGAGAGAGACAGAGAGAGAGAGAGACAGAGAGAGAGACACACAGACAGAGAGAGACAGAGGGAGACACAGAGAGAGACACACAGACAGAGAGACAUAGAGAGAGACACAGACAGAGAGAGACAGAGUGAGACACAGAGAGAGACACAGAGAGAGACACACAGACAGAGAGAGACAGAGGGAGACACAGAGAGAGACAGAGUGAGACACAGAGAGAGACACAGAGAGAGACACACAGACAGAGAGAGACAGAGGGAGAGACAGAGAGAGACACACACAGAGAGAGAGACAGAGUGAGACAGAGAGAGAGACACAGAGAGAGACACACAGAGAGAGACAGAGGGAGACACAGAGAGAGACAGAGAGAGACACACAGAGAGAGAGACACACACAGAGAGAGACACACAGAGAGAGAGACACAGAGAGAGAGACACACAGAGAGAGAGACAGAGAGAGAGAGAGACACAGAGAGACACACACAGAGAGAGAGACACAGAGAGAGAGAGACACAGAGAGAGAGAGAGACACAGAGAAAGAGAGACAGAGAGAGACAGAGAGAGAGAGACAGAGACAGAGAGAGAGAGAGCGAGAGGUCAACAAGGUAGACGUGGAUCCCUCACUGGAAUUAAAAAGCCCUUGUUUUGCUCAGCUUUAAUAUGUGACCGUCUUUGGUCCUGCCCCAAGCAAAUUAGACCAUCGCAGAGCAGGGUUUAUAGACCGGCCUUCCAAUCCAAGACUAUCCAGCUGGGCAGAUAGACUAUCCUGAGCCACCUGUCAAAGCAUCUAGAGCAUCUACAGAGAUAUGAGGACUUGCUUACUGGGCUUAGUAUGGGUGAGCUUUUGUCUGUCUCUAGAUGCCCUGUCCCUAAUUGGAUUGAGUGGGGUGCAGACAUCAGGUGGAGACAGCAAAGAGAGACUGAGAGAUGUAACGGAUUUGUCAGUCAAAAGAGGGGAGCUGCUACACAGGGUGAGAAGAAACUGGAUAUGGAAUCAAUUUUUCCUCCAAGAAGAAUACACUGGGAGUGACUACCAGUACAUCGGCAAGCUCCAGUCAGACAUGGACCAGGGCGAUGGAGCUGUUAAGUACAUCCUCUCUGGUGAGGGAGCAGGCACGAUUUUUGUCAUUGAUGAGAAUAAUGGCAACCUGCACGCCACUCGCCGCUUGGAUCGUGAGGAGAAGGCUUUUUAUAUCCUGAGAGCCACUGUAGUCAAUAAGAGGACAGGCUAUAAAGUGGAGCCAGAGACAGACUUCAUUGUCAAACUUCACGACAUCAAUGACAAUGAGCCCCAGUUCAGCAAGGAGCUUUACACCGGCAGCGUACCCGAGAGGUCUGCUAUAGGUACAUCCGUCAUACAGGUGACAGCUACAGAUGCUGACGACAGCAUGUAUGGCAAUAGUGCUAAGCUGGUCUACAGCAUCAGCCAGGGCCACCCCUACUUCUCGGUGGACCCAAACACAGGGGUUAUCCGGACAGCCUUGGGUCCUGGGGACAUGGAUCGUGAGCAGAGGGAGCACUACCAAGUGGUGAUUGAGGCAAAAGACAUGGCUGGACAACGAGGAGGGUUCACUGGGACCACUGUGGUCAAUAUCACACUCAUCGAUGUCAAUGAUAACCCUCCACGCUUUGUCCAGAGUAUAUACCAGCUUGCUGUUUCAGAGUCCUCGAAAACGGGUACUUCAGUUGGGAGGAUCCAAGCCACCGACAAAGAUAUUGGGAAGAAUGCAGAGAUGUUGUUCACCAUUGUCAGUGGAGAUGGCAUGGAUAUGUUUGACAUCUACACAGAAAAAGAAACCCAGGAGGGAGUCAUCACUGUCGGUCAGUCGCUGGAUUACGAAAGGAAGCGCUCCUACACGGUGGAGAUCCAGGUACAGAACACCGAGGUGGAUGCCCGCUUCCUGUUGUCAGGGUCCAAGGAUGUUGCCACAGUUCGGAUCAGUGUGGAGGAUGUGGAUGAGCCGCCACUGUUUGACCAACCCAGCUACCGGAUGCAGGUGAAGGAGGAUGCAGCAGUUGGAUCAGUCGUGGGCUCAGUCAAUGCUGUGGACCCCGAUGGAGCUCGCAGCCCUGUCAGGUAUUCAGUGUACCGUCACCCUGACCUACACCACCUGUUCAGCGUCCACCCCGGGAACGGGUCUGUCUUCCUGAUCCGAGCCCUGGACAGAGAGGAGACCGCCUGGCAAAACAUCUCCGUCAUUGCCACCGAGCUCAACAACCCCAGACAGACCAGUCGGGUUCCUGUCUACAUCCGCCUGCUGGAUGUAAACGACAACGCUCCCACCUUCGCCACAGACUACGAGACCUUCGUCUGUGAAAGGACCAAAGCCGGACAGCAUAUCCAGACGGUGGGUGCUGUAGAUGCUGACGAGCCACCAGCGGGCCACACCUUCUCCUUCAGCCUGGCCGCUGAGGGAGCCUCCAGCAGCAACUUCACUGUGCGGGACAAUGGAGACAACACUGCGGGCAUUCUGACCCGGCAUGCCAGGUACAGCCGCGUCCUCCAGAGCCUCUACCUGCUUCCUGUUGUGAUCAGCGAUGGAGGGCAGCCUGUGCAGAGCAGCACGGGAACGCUCACGGUGAGAGUGUGUACGUGUGACGGUGAAGGCAACAUGGAGGUGUGUAUCGCUGAGGCCCGGACUAGCUCUGCUGGCCUGAGUCCCGGAGCCCUGUCUGCUAUCCUGCUCUGUGUCGUCCUGCUGCUUAUGAUUGUUUUGUUGGUCACUGCAUUGAAUCGCCAGAAGAAGCAGGAGCCUCUGCUCAUCUCCAAGGAGGAUGUGCGAGACAAUGUGGUGUGCUACAAUGACGAGGGCGGUGGAGAGGAGGACACACAGGCCUUUGACAUUGGAGCACUGCGAUACCCAGACACAGUUGCCGCAACAAUGGAAGACUCUGUCAAGCAACGGCGCGACAUCAUCCCCACUGACUCUAUCCUCUAUCCUCCACUGCAAUGGGGACCUGCUGCGUCAGGCCUUAUCAAGCCGCAGGCCUGCACAGGGCUGCGAGACAACGGAGACGUGCAUGACUUCAUCAGCCAGAGAGUUCUGGAGAAUGACUGUAACCCCACUGCACCCCCCUAUGACUCAUUGGCCACAUAUGCCUAUGAGGGGGAUGGCUCGGUGGCAGAGUCACUCAGCUCAUUAGAAUCAGCAUCUUCCUCAGGUGAGCAGGACUAUCGCUACCUGAGUGACUGGGGACCAAGGUUUAGGAAACUAGCUGACUUGUAUGGAGCAGACGACAUUGACAUCUGCUAACAAAGUAUGUGCCUCAAACAUGACAAACAUAGCAUUGGAUAAAGCAACUUCUUUUAACAAUGCUUCAC